CUCUUUUGGUAAAAACCAAUGAUCUUCUUCCCGCAGUUUCACUACAAGUCAGACCUGAUGGGCAUGAAGGGGACAGGAUGGCUGACGCUGAGUUCCCCACAGUUGGAGAGUGCAAAGAAGGCCGGCGAACUCAUCAGCGAGACCAAAUACCGUAAGAGACCAGAUAGUAUCAAGUUCACCACGGUGGUUGACUCCCCGGACCUGGUUCAUGCCAAGAACAGCUACAUGCAUUGCAACGAGCGCCUGUACAGGUCGGCGGAUGCGGAAUCCCUGCACAGGUACACCCUGAUCCCCGACCACCCCGAUUUCGCCAGAGCCCGCCUCAACGCGCUGCAUCUGAGUGACAAAGCCUACAGAAACUCUUGGGAACAGACCCGGGCUGGCAGCUAUGACUUCAGGCUGGACGCCAUCCCAUUCCAGACUGCCCGGGCAUCCAGGGAGAUCGCCAGUGACUUCCGGUAUAAAGAGGCCUUCCUGCGGGACCGGGGCCUGCAGGUUGGUUACCGCAGCGUCAACGACGACCCAAGGAUGAGGCAUUUCCUCAGCGUCGGCAAACUCCAGAGUGACAAUGAGUACAAGAAGGACUUUGCCAAGAGUCGGUCCCUGUUCCACUGCCGCCCGGACCAGCCCGGCUUCCUCCAGGCCAGGAGGAGCCAGCAGCUGGCCAGCGACGUGUGCUACAGGCAGCCCCUGCCCCAGCCCACCUGCGACCCGGAGCAGCUGGGCCUGAAGCACGCACAGAAGGCCCACCAGCUGCAGAGCAAUGUGAAGUACAAAUCAGACUUGAACCUGACCAGAGGUAUCGGCUGGACACCUCCCGGCUCCUACAAAGUGGAAAUGGCUCGGCGGGCAGCGGAACUGGCCAAGGCGGGGGGCCUGGUUCUCCGGGGGGCUUCUGGGGGGCCAGAGGCUAUGGAGCCCGCAUAUCAUCAGAGGGGGGACGUGAACCCAGAUGCCACGGAGAUUCUGCACGUCAACAGGAGGAAGGUUCUGCCGUUGUGAGCAGCGUUCACCGAGGAUUUUUGGGAAGGGGGC